AAUGUCGGACGUAAUGACUUUUCAUUAUGACUGGGAGUAUCAAUAGCGUUGAGUUAGUUGAAUUAUGAAGUAACUUUUUUUAAUAGUGACUAAAUUUUUUAAUAGUGACUAAAAUAAGAGAACAAUUGUUGUUUUAACUAUUUGGAUUGCGAUUUUUGUAUCGCCAUAAAGUUACAAGUUAUAAACUAAUUAUUUUUCGUUCGAGAGUGGACCAGUGAGUGCAAAAUAGUUUUGACUGAAGAAAUUUUCAUUGUUAUGUGCUAGGUUCCAGACUGCUCCGAACAUAACAUAAGACGGACAGCUAUAGUGCGAGGUUGUGCCACUCAAGCAGAACGAUUUUGUGUUGUAAUACGGUCACGGAGUGUCCGUUACUCCCAGUUGGAACAUCAUUUACGGAACUGAAGAAUUUGUAGAACAAGUAAUAUUAAAGGUUCGCGUUUAUUGGUAGCAAAGUAGCCAGAUUAAUCGGAGCUAUGGACGAUGAAAGCAGUGAAAGUUUGGACCUCAGUCGGACCAGACGCAAUGAGCGCAUCGAGAAACUUGGAUUCCGUCCUCAGAAGGAAUUGUUCUGCAACAAAUUUCUUCCGUACGCGGACAGGUUGGACGAUGAGUCGCAGGUACUAUUGGAAAACAUCAAGAAUAAUCUUGGAAAGGCUGCAGCCAUGCGAGAAAUCACCCCUGGAGUGUCGAUUUAUGUUACUCGCUUGUCGAAGUACAUCAAGCUGUAUGGAAUGAAGUUUUCCAAAGGGGAUCACAUAAAAUUUGUCAAGUUGUUGUUAGAGUUGAUCUGUAUCCCAAAUUUGGAGCCGGAUAAGGUGAACAAAUUUUGCUACGCACUUACAACUUUAUUAAGAAAACCAGAAUGGUUGAGUCCGGAAGACAUACAGAUAGAUUGGCGCCCACUGUACAAGUUGAGCAAUCUUAUUCUAAACAAAAAUUGCAGCAAAGGAGACCUUUAUCGAUGUUUUGCCUCUCUCGAAACAAAUCUUCAAUUCGUCAUUCAAUAUUGUGCGCCGUACUUCCCCCGCUCCUCAACGCAGGAAAUCCUCGACGAGCUGCUGCCGAAACUACAACCGUUGGACACGGGCAAGGUUAUCGAUACGUUUGGUAUGUUGCACAUAUUUCUCAGUUGCGAGCAUGAUUACGAUCUGUGGUUCGACAAGUUCAUGAACAUUUGGAACGCCUACCACAAUCCACCGUGGGGAAUCGAUAUGAUGACGAUUUUUGCAACUGUCGGCUUCAAGAACAUCGGCUACAUCGACUGGGAGGCCCACAUUCCGACGAUGUUCGCCCGGAUCUUGCGGUCGAUUGAUUUUCCCGUCAGUUAUAAAAGCACAAAAAGUUCGAAACUUCAAAAUCUGUCACCGCAAUCGAUCGCUAUCUGGAUUGUAUCGGUUCUUGGACCACGGAGCUCAGCGCAGCAGUAUUUGAGUAAAUUUAUGGCUACUAUCGAGUCCUACCUGCAUCCGGCCAACAUGGGCAAGUGGGUAUCGAUGCUGGGAGAAAUUUUAGUUCAGCUGCCCAAGUACUUCUUCGAUCGGUUGAUCUUAGAGCGGUACAGAAAGCAUCCCUAUAGACGACCCAUUCCAGAAAGCCACAAACUUACGGAGGACUGUAUCACUGCUUUCGUAGAGUGUAUGAAACCGGUUGCUUUCCAGGCGAUGUAUUCAAGGAUGAAUCCACAGGACGUGGGAAAAAUUUUCCAACAUUUAGCAGAUCUUCGACCUGUGUUAAUCAUUCCGACAAUUAUCGAUCGAGUAUACGCUAGCUUGGAUUCCCUUACGGAGCCGCACAAAAUGACUGCCGCACUUCAGAGUCUCAUCGGUGUUUCUAGAGCACUGGUUUCCGGUCACCUUGGCUAUACAGAGGGAAGGAAUCACGUUAUUCCGAUAUUUUUCGCUACACUUCCAGGGAUCGAUCCGAACGAUUUUAAGAAAACCUCUAUCACAUUCCACUUUUUGACAUCGAUCUCGUUCUUGAUUCCGAUCGUUGACUGCUCGAAAGCUGGACAAUACCACGAACUCACGGAGGACGAACGAAUGUUGUGCGAGCAGACGGCAGAUUUCGAAAAUUUUGCACUGCAGUACAUGGAUCGUAUAUUUCUGCUGAUCGAAAGCAGCUCAGUGGAUAACGUGCGGAUGGAGCAGUCGGAUUCAGAUUCGAUGCGAUCGAAAAUGGAAUCGAUUUCGGAGGCACUAGUUCAAGCAUGUACACAUGGAAUUUUGGGUCAGUGCUCACGGGAUAUACUUAAUUCGACUUCUAGAAAGUUGAUCGAUUUUAUUAAGACGCGUCUCUUGGAACCGAAGGUUGCGGGUCAGCUGGUGGGCUGUUUAGUAAGGGUGUUUGCUCGAAUUCAUGGAAAAGAAGUAUUGCGUUCGUUGGUACCUUACGUGGUGCAGACGAUUGAGCGUUACAUGGAAGAUCAUGAAGAUAUUGCGGAGGUAGAGAAGCAGAACGAUGAGAUGUUGUAUUAUUUGCUGCUACUUACUAAUAUGAUGCGCGGGGAUCCCAGUGAGGUUGUAAAAUACGUCGAUGAUAUACUGCCUAUUUUAGAUAAAAUUUUAAAGUUUAAAUGCAAACAAGCCAACAAGUACGGAUUUACUCUGUUGGCUAAUCUUAUGAGCAAUCUGUCCACGAUGCAAACGUUGGACGUGAAAAAUAGUCCGCUUAGUUUUGAAAAGCCAAUUUCGGAAUUUUUACCCAUCAAAAGCUGGGGAGAGAAAAUGUCACCAGAUGGAAAAAUAGAUUGGUGUUUUCCGGAUCAAGUGUCAUUGAAGGUGUGCGAGAAGUUGAUGCACCGUUAUUUGAUUCCAAUUUUGGAUAACUUCCAAAAGUACUGCUCGGAUGAGAUGGAAAUAAGUCGAGACGAUAUCAAUCGGGAUGUGACCGUCAUUCAAUCGUUGAUAAGAUGCUCGAACUUUUUACCCAAUUGGGACGACGAGGAACCGUUGACAUUAUUCGAAACAUGCUUGGACCGAACGGAAAUGAGAUGGAAUGUAACAAGGGGGUUUGAUGAUUUGAGCAUCAAGAUGCCUGAUGGAGGAAACGUUAGGAAAGCUGUGAUACGAUCCAUGAGUGCACUCCAGCGAAAGAUUCAGGAGAAGUCGGAAGAUGAUAUAAAGUCAUUGAAAGCUAUUCUCAUGAUAUACGACAAAAUAUUUAUGCGGAAGCAUUCGAAUAGUGCAUUCGACAACCAGGUCAAAACAUUCAAUAACACCAAAAAGUUCCAGACUUACAGAUUAACCAGGUAUAAGCGGGACGUUCGAGCGGUGGUUGCUACCAGAGUAAUAAUGCAGCAAGACUGUCGCGAUGAAAUGGAUCAGCCAUUGUUUUCCGCCACACACCUUGAAGUCAUGAUGAAUCUCCUGGAAUUGUCAACCUCUCACUAUAGCAGCGUUCGAGCAACAGCCCAAAGCAAGCUUUUCACCAUGCUUUCAACAUUCUCGUAUAGCUAUAAACUUUUGGCAGAUAAAAUAGAAGAACAUCUACGACUGGAUUCCAACGAACAUCACGAGCAGUUCAAAGGUAUCCUCUUUGUUCUAGUAUCGAAUCGGCGGUCUCGAUUGGUCAUCAAACACGAUUGGGAGUUUCUCAGCCGAACGUGGGUUACUCUACUACAAUCAAAACUGUCGGAAAAACCGUCAGUAGUUAAGCUAUUGGACGCCAUUACAGACGUUAUCAAUAACGAAUUUCCGACUACAACCACAGAGUUGGAAGUUUCUGAUGCUUGCGUCGAGUAUGGUUUAGCUUUAAGAACCCGAACAGACACGUUAGAAUUGGAAGCUGGUCGACAAGCCAGGCUAGCCAAAAACAAAAGGAACUUGCAAAUGUAUAACGGACUAAUCACUCAAAUCUUAGCCACAGUCCAGAAUGAUAAACUCCACUGGAGAUACCAUUAUAUGGCCUCUUCAAUGUUGUACAAUCUGGUGCAUCCAUUGACAAACUUUCCGGCUGAGGUAGCACAGUUUGCUGUAAACAAUUUGAUUCACGAUUCGUUGGAGGAACGAAAAAUGGCUAUUUGUUUGUUGAUUCAUAUACUUAGACAGCAAAAACGCGAACACGCAAAAAUCGAAAUAAAUCCAUACGAAAUAGCUGGUCUUCAAGAGAAGACACCAUCCAAUGGAUCCAGUGUUCUACCGGGUUACAGGGACGACAACAUGUGGCUCCAGUACGAUUUAGAAAAAGUACCAAAAAAUCAAGAGGAGUGGGACCAGCCGCGUUACAUGUACAAAACGGAUGGGUUCUUUGGAUGGAGCAACAAUUUUACUGUUUACGCACCCAGCCAGGAUCAGCCAAAACUGGACCGUUCCCUGGAAGAGAUGAACGAGUGUGAAAAGAUUAUUUUUCAGUUCUUCAAUGUACAAGAAAAUGUGGACAAACUGAUCAAAUUCUGGUCUUUGGAAGAGAAGAAAGGACGAGACAAAUUUAACCGAAAUCGAUUUUGUCUCCUCAAAGGACUAGCCAACACAUUUGGGGACUUAUUUUUUAGCAAGUUUAUUCAGCACCUCCGGCCACUUAUUGACGACAAAGCUUCGGAAAGCAGCCAUCGAUGUGCUGCUGAGAUAAUGGCUGGAAUAAUGAGAGGAGCAAAGCAUUGGCCGUUCGAUAAAACUGCCAAAAUGUAUGGGGAAUUAGUUCCUUUGAUUCGGUUGGCGUUGAACAAUGUCACGGUGGAUACGGACGUGUAUUGGGGUACCUGUUUUGCGACAGCUGCGGAGAACAUGGAUCCCUCUAAGCAGUAUUGGUUGCAUGAGAUCCUGCUGGAAGAUCCCCUUCAAGAAACGACUAGCUUUAUCGACUGCAAUCGACUUUAUUGUCUACAGGGAGCUUUCAAUCAACACGUCUGGAGAAUGACGAGUGUUGCCAAAAGGUUACUCGAGUAUCUUCGGCCGUAUCUGAAUCAUUCGUUCCAGAACGUACGAGAACGAUUAGGUAGUACUCUGAUCAAUAUUUUUGAAGCCGAUUUGCGGUUCGACGGCGUACGAAGUUUGGGGCUGUCGCCGAAGAUAAAGGAUAUGAUCAUGUACGUGAAGCCGAGGCUGGCUGUGCUGCUGGACGAAGAGCAUUCUCCUAUCGUUGUUGAUAAAAUGGAAGUGGAAGGAGAUUCUGGACAGGAGACCAGCAGUACAAAGCAGAAAGAUAGCGAGUACGAAGUAGCUGUACGAUUGUUCAAAACUGUCGCGCAGUGGCUUACUUGCACCAUCAACCGUUGCUCGAAUGGUAACGAAAUUGAGUUCUUUGAGCUGCUGCCGAUUGCCUGUCGAUUGGAGCGUAACGAGCAGGACCAAGAGCUAGCGGAAAUCUGCACCAUGUUUCUGGCUAUGAUUUCACAGGCUCUCACAUUGGAACCCUGCAUGGAGGCUGCGUUGGCCAAGAUUGACGAAAUCUCUAAAAUGUCUUCCUGGUCGGCUCGACGAGCGGUCAUCGAUGUACUACAGGUUUUGGUGUUCUACAAUAUGACAAUAAUUUUAAGCAAGGAUCAAUGGAAAGCGAAAAUCCAGGAAAUCGUUCUACGCUUGCUGGAGGACAAUGUGGUGGAGGUUAGAGAAAAGGCUGCGGAGGUACUUUGCGGUCUUCUGCACUGCUCAUUUUUGACAGCUACCGACGAGCUAUUGGAUUUGUUUAAAAACAAGUGUCGAACAAAGAUGAUCAAAGCCAGGAGGCUGAAGGUUACCCCGAGCUGUUCAAACGAAGUCAGCAAGAAUGAUGGAGUGGAAGCGAAUGCGGUGCGAUCUCGUCAUUCCGGCGUUCUCGGAUUAUGUGCCUUUAUAUCAGCGUAUCCGUAUGAAGUGCCCGAAUUUGUUCCGAAUGUGUUUGAACAUUUGGGCGCACAUCUGAAUGAUCCGCAGCCAAUUCCAGCCACGAUACGUAAAACGAUGGGAGAUUUUAAACGUACACAUCACGACAACUGGGAAGUUCAUCAGCUCAAAUUUACCGAAGAUCAACUGGCUGUGCUGAGCGAUUUAACAAUUCCACCCUCGUAUUAUGCUUAAAAUGAGUUUUUAUUAUAUUAAGGGAAAGACAUUACGAAAAAUCGGUGAAAGUAAAUAUUAGUAUAUUGUUUGCCAGAUAUAGUUUAUUUUUUAAAGUGUUUUAUUUGAUUUGUUUUCUACAACGCUGCUAUAUAGACGUGCCACAUUAGUCUACAAGUGGUUGUAAUCAAAUGUACAUUUUUUCUUUAAAUUAAGAAUAAAGUUUUAAACAUG